GACCGAGCCCGCAUAGGUAGUCGCCCGGUCGAUUCCUGCUCCGCUGUCUAUUAGAGACAGAAGGGCUAAGAGUGUGGAGGCUUGAGUCGGGUCGAUAAAGAGGUCAAACAACGAUGAGCUGAAUUAUCAUCGCACUUCCCUGCGUUUUGAUCCUGCCGACCAGUCGGUAGGUUUGUUCAACCGCUAGAGUAAUACAGUAAAGCUUCUAUAUUGCAAUGAAACCCCAGGUUGUUUUCUUGGUUUGUCCAACUUUAUCAUUCACGGACUCGGAGUAAUAAAGGAUGAAAGAAAUGAAAACCACGUACCCCGCUGAUCCGUAAGCGUGAGUACUGCAAAACGGGCAGACGCCUCGUAAGUCGCCGCAUGUUUCGAAUUGCGCAUUACAACCCCCAAGACCACGCGGCGCGACCAUUCGGCUCUGUUAGCUCGGUACGGCCCUGUUUCCAUCGUCAUUCAUUUAGUGUACCUUUCCGCAAGCACCUCAUCUGCUUACAGAGGUUUUUUUCCUCUUCUUUUUUUUUUGUUUUGAACCUGCUCGAGGGAAACCCCUGGAACCUUUCCCCCCCCUGUCCAAUCCCACUUAGCCGAACGGGGACCGACCGUUGCGCGCAUUAAUAAACCACACCACACUCCUCGCCGCCGCUGUCGCUCCCGGCCGCCGCUCUUCCACUCCUGUCACACACAGCCAACAUCGUUACUAGCAAUUGGCAGCAAUUAGAAGAAGAAAAUAGUCUUUUUCAACUCGUCUUGGAUAUUCUUGUUGAAUGCUCGCAGUUUCAAGGAUCUUUCGCACGGCUGAGGAGUAUUCCAGCUAUACCUGGAUACUCCUUGCGUCAGGACCUUAUUGAAUACUGUCUAUUGCAUCGCAACCAAACCUCCCUUCUCGCCACAAAGACUUGACGUCUGUCACCAUCCUGCGGAUAAGCCGUUGCUUCACACACCUCAAACCUCAACAACCUCAACCCUGAACCGAAAGCGGACGGCCUACACAGGCGACGAAGGGCAUACUCAUUAUGCUCCCUCCUAUCCCCGUGUUGUCUGACUAUGGAAUCUCCCCGUCCCAUGGAUUCCUGCCGGACGUUCUUCCACUGACCCGACUACCGGACCCCUACUAUAACAAGUGGGAGGCCGUUGUCGCCAACCUCCAGGCACUUGUCCUCAGCCGUCGUCUCCGUCCGGUUGUCGACCGGCUGCCUGUCCUCUCCACCAUCGGUCUGGAACAUGACGCAGAAUGGCGGAGAGCGUACUCCCUGCUGUGCUUCAUGGCACACGCCUACAUCUGGGGCGGCGAUGAGCCGUGCGACCAGCUGCCGCCCGCCAUCACCAUCCCCCUUUUGAAGAUCUCCAAUCACCUCGAGCUGCCCCCGGUUGCCACCUAUGCCGCUCUGUGUCUUUGGAACUUCAAGCCCCUGUUUGUCGAUGAGGACAUUGACAACCUCGAGAACCUCGCUACCCUCAACACCUUCACUGGCUCCCUUGAUGAGUCGUGGUUUUAUCUUGUCUCUGUCGCCAUCGAGGCACGCGGCGGCCCCAUCAUCCCCCUUAUGCUGACGGCCGUGGCCGCUGCUCGCCAAGCAGAUGCCGCGACCGUAGCCCGUUGCUUGCGCACCUUUGCUGAGCGCCUCACCGAUUUGACCAACAUCUUGCAGCGUAUGCACGAGAGUUGCGACCCCAACAUCUUCUACAAUCGCAUCCGAACCUUCCUCGCUGGGAGUAAGAACAUGGCCGAAGCCGGGCUCCCCGAUGGCGUCAAUUACGACGACGGGUCUGGAAAGGAGGACUACCGUCAGUACAGCGGCGGUAGCAACGCCCAGAGCAGUCUGAUCCAGUUCUUUGAUGUCAUCCUUGGCAUCGACCACCGGCCAACCGGCGAGAAGCGGGACCCCUCUACCGAAUCGGAACGGGAGUCUCGGGCUCCGGUGCCGCGUCACAACUUCAUCAUGGAGAUGCGCCGGUACAUGCCUGGCCCCCAUGCCCGGUUCCUUAAGGACGUUUCUAGCGUCGCCAACAUUCGCGAAUUUGUCGAGUCUCGCAAGGAUGACCGCAAUUUGUGUCUGGCCUACGACGCCUGCCUCGCCAUGCUUAGUGCAUUCCGCGACAAGCACAUCGCCAUUGUCACUCGCUACAUCAUACUGCCCUCGCGCGAGGUACGUGCCCGCAGCAGAUCAAGAAGCCCCGAGGCAGCACGUCAGCGUCUUAAUCUGGCCACGGCCUCGCGUCAGCGCCAGUCCACCGAGCAGGGUAGCAAGUUGGAGAACACCGGAGGCAAGAAGAACCUGAAAGGCACCGGCGGGACUGCCCUCAUCCCGUUCUUGAAACAGGCACGGGACGAGACUGGCGAGCCCGCCAUCGAGGAGUGGACUCGCCGGUUCAUGAGCAGGACCGUCAAGUCCGAAGGCAAGGGUGACUUCUUUCUGGGCAAGCCUAGCCAGCCCCAUACAGUUGAAGUUGAGGUCAGCGGCUUAGCUGGCACCUGGACUAUUGAUGAUGAUGUCGGCGGCAUUUGCCAUUACUAGU